GGAACAUAGUAUCCAGUACGUGCACACCAUCUGUAUCCCCCGGCAGCAGCACUUCCAACAAAACCCCCCAUACCCGCCCAACCAUGCGCGUCACAACAGCCGCAGCAGCAGCCGCCCUCCACCUCCUGUGCGUGACAGCGACGCCGACGCCGCCCUCGCCGCCCUCGCCGCAGCAGCCGCCUCCCUACUUUAUCCUCACGGGCGACUCGACCGUGGCGGUCGGCGGCGGCUGGGGCGACGGCUUCCUCUCGUUCCUGCUCGCGCCGCCGGCCGCCGGCACCAACCCGGCCAAGAGCGGCGCCACCACCGUCUCGUUCCGGGCCGAGGGCCGCUGGGACGCCGCCCUGGCCGGGGUGCGGGCCGCCGCCGCCGCUGCCGAGUACGGCCCCGUCGUGACGAUGCAGUUCGGCCACAACGACCAGAAGCCCGACAAGGGCAUCUCGCCCGACCAGUUCCAGGGAAACCUCAAGCGCAUGGCCAAGGAGGUUUUAGAGGCUGGCGGGACGCCUAUCCUCAUCACCUCCCUCACCCGCCGCACCUUCAGCGGCGGCAAGGUCGUGCAGAACCUCGAGACGGAGCGGCUGCGCGCCAUCGCGGCCGCCAAGGAGGUCGGCGCCGCCCACCUGGACCUCAACGCGGCCAGCACCGCCUACAUCAACGCCGUCGGCGACGCAAACGGGCGGCUGUACGACCUGGCGCAGGGCGACAGGACGCACCUCAACGCCGCGGCCGGCGUCGUCUUUGGCCGCAUGGUCGUCGACCUGCUGCUCGAGAAGAGGCCUGACUUUGGCCGGUACUUUCGGGAGAACAGGACUAUAACUAACGCCAUCAGGUCGGGCGUCUUUGUUAUUUGAAAAAUGGGAAAAGUGGGCGGCGGAGCGAGCUGUACUAGCGCUGUUGCACUUGUUUCCAGUCCGCCUCUGCCUCCGUGGUACGCACCAUCUUGUUGUAUCAAAGUAGAAGCUUGUCUAGUACUCCGGCGCAAGCCCGAUGUUCAAUAUUUACGAGCUUUAUAUAUAUCACCCAGGUUU